AUGAUUGAGGUGACUGCUAACUUGGCUAGAGGGUCUACUUUCCUUGCUGGGGAGAUACUAGAAUGCUAUAUCACACUUAUCAAUACAGAUAGGGAAGAGAAGAGGAAUCUAGCAUACAAUGACUGUACUCUAGCCUGGGCCAGUGCACAGAUACAUUGCCAAUGUGCCGUCAGUGACUCCAGGGUAGUUUUGCCAAAAUCUGACAUCCUUUCUACUGAAGAUGUUACUUCUACAGGAGAUCAGACAUCAUUCGUGCCAAGUAAAGGGGAAAGAGGUCUUACAGUAUGGUCUAGCAAACCUAAGAUAUUAUUCUGUGACUUGAGACUCGGGCCAGGAGAGCAAAAAACAUAUCUAUAUAAAGAGGGGAUUCCAAAAGAUGUUCCUCCCUCCUUUAAAGGCCAGUCUGUAAAAUACUCAUACAAGCUGACCAUUGGAACACAAAAACUGGAGUGUCCAGCAAGGCUACUCAGAGUUCCAUUUAGAGUUUUAGUUUUAUAUGGCCUCAAUGACUUGAAUGUAUAUGCCAGUGGAGAGGAAGUCACUCCUAGUAAUCCAUUCCUAGAACAAAGACCCCCAGAAAACACACUCCUAGAGGUAGCACUCCAGGUUCUGUCCACAGUAACAGCCAAAAGAAGUCCACACUGUUUCAACAUCACUAAUGCUAGAGGAAAAGUUGCAAGAUUGUGCAUGUUUAAACAGGCUUUUAAAAUAGGAGAAGAUAUUGUGGGGACAUUUGAUUUCUCUGAUGCCUCAAUACCAUGUGUUCAGUUUUCAGCUACUCUCCAAAGUGAAGAGCAAAUAUCAGAAGAGUGCAGGAAGAAGCCAGGUCAGCUUCCAAUUACCAUGUCAUACUGCAAGCACCAGGACUUUUGUCUGCAUUCCAGGAAAACCCAUUUCAGUUUACCCAUACCUCUAUCAGCUAGUCCAGGCUUUAUAUCUGAUAUAGUGACGCUGAAGUGGAAGAUCCACUUUGAGUUCAUCACCUCCCAGAAUGCCAUUCCUCCUCACGCUGCGCCAUCCAACCCUGCCGAGUGCUCCACCUGGCGGGGACCUGAGAACCUGGAGGUGGAAACCAUGGUGUGGGAUCUGCCCAUCAAGGUGUUCCCCACCAAUCCACUGCAUGCCUCUAAUGUAUCACUACUCAAGACUUCCUCCAUGGUGGAAAUGUAAUGAUCACUGAACAAAUGGAUUUUAUAGGAGAUUACUAUCU